GAGAAAGAAAACUAGGUUUAUAAACAGGUCUCUAUAGUAGCUUUAGAAAACUAUCUUCUCCAUAGAGCUUAAGUGCCCGAUUCUAGAUGUCCGUUCCUCUUCAGAUAAGGGUUCUCUAAACUUUUUCCAUAAGGUGAAGCACAUUUGCUACAAAUUUUGAACCAGUCACCACCUAUCCACCACUGCACAGACUACCUCCCUUCUCUUUCAGCAUCAUGUAACAUGCACAUGGCAACUACUGCAAUUACUUACCGGAAAAGUAAUAUUAGGAAAAUAUUUAACAUAUCAGCUGCCUUUUACUGCAGUUUAGCAAGUGAAAGCGAGGAACCAGCACCCUGCAACCAGCCAGCUCUUCAAAAACCGGCAUCUGCUCUAGACUGCAGAGCCAAAGAGUCCUUCAGAGUUGUUUCUAAUUACAAGCACCCUUAAUGCUCACUAAUACAGUCACUAGCCUUUUAGCUGGAAGGAGUGGAAAUAGUCCUUUCAAAGCCAACUAAUGUCACUCCUAAUUUCUCAGAAAGGUUAGCGUUGCAAAACAUGAGGUACGCCCCUGAAAGACUCAUAAGCCAUACAACCAUUGAGAGCUAGGAGAAGGGUUCAGGAUUCCAAACAAGGCUUCCGAGAUGGUGGGAGCUUGUUGUUGCUAGACUACCAGACCGCUCUUGUGAGACUAUUCUAGAAACAUAUAUUACACAGACAUGCGUUAUAAAAAUGGGAUACUCAGCGGGGCCCAAGUCAUCUUAAGUAGUCUGAUUUGUCUUAAAGGGUCAGGGGAAGGGGAAAUGCAUCCCAUUCCAGUAGCAAAAGCCUCAUCUGCUUACUAUUUGCUAAAAAACAAAACUGACUUACACACCUCAGCAGCUGUCAAAUACCCCAAUUAUCCCUUGCCCAGCAUCCCCCUAAUAGCUUCUGCAACAUGGUUAUGCAUUUUCAUUACAAAAUGCCUGCAGCACACUGAACACUGAAAAUCUGGGAUAGGAUAACAAGUUAAUAUCAGAGUAAACAUUGAUCUGUUUGACAUAUGACUCAGAGGCAGAGAGGCCAUGCACGAGGGCAUAAAAAUACUUAGACAAGUAAUGAGCAGAGGGCUUGGAGGGCAGUGCUGCCUAGUUCAAGAUCCUCUGCUACUUAAUUUCGGUCAAAUGUGCUGCAUAGGACAUGGGGUCUUAUUUCCCAUUUAAUGUCUCAGCUAGGAGCAUCAAAUGCAAGAAAUCUCUGGAAAAGCAAAGUCCUGGCAUAGUGAUCAAAGCUGUCUCGGAUCUUUUGCUAUUUAAAAGCAACCUGCUCAAUUUUUGUUUUAAACAUUAUUUAGGAAGGGGAACUACACAAAAACGAGGAAGUUAGUUAAACAGUAAUUAAAUGGUACAGUGCCAAAAGUGAAAUCCCUGCAAGCUGCAUGGAAAUUUUUUAAAGACUCCAUAAUACAGGCUCAAAUUAAGGCCUGGUCUACACUACGACUUUAAUUCGGAUUUAUCAGCUUUAAUUCGAAUUAACCCUGUAACCGUCCACACAACGACGCCAUUUAAUUCGAUGUAAAGGGCCCUUUAAAUCGAUUUCUGUACUCUACCCCAACGAGCAGAGUAGCGCCAAAAUCGAUUUUAGCAAUUCGAAUUAGGGUUAGUGUGGCCGCAAUUCGAUGGUAUUGGCCUCCGGGAGCUAUCCCACAGUGCAUCAUUGUGACCGCUUUGGACAGCAAUCCGAACUCGGAUGCACUGGCCAGGUAGACAGGAAAAGCCCCGCGAACAUUUGAACUUCAUUUCCUGUUUGCCCAGCGUGGAGAGCACAGGUGACCACAGAUACCUCAUCAGCACAGGUAACCAUGCAGGCUGAUAAUCGAAAAAGAGCACCAGCAUGGACCGUGAGGGAGGUACUGGAUCUGAUCGCUGUAUGGGGAGAGGAUUCAGUGCUUGCAGAACUUCGUUCUAAAAGACGAAAUGCAAAAACUUUUGAAAAAAUUUCCAAGGGCAUGAUGGAGAGAGGCCACAAUAGGGACUCUGAGCAGUGCCGCGUGAAGGUCAAGGAGCUCAGACAAGCCUAUCAAAAAACAAAGGAGGCAAACGGUCGCUCCGGGUCAGAGCCGCGGACAUGCCGCUACUACGCCGAGCUGCAUGCAAUUCUAGGGGGGGCUGCCACCACUACCCCACCUUUGUUCGUGGAUUCUGGGUCGGGGAUAGUCUCGACGCCUGAGGAUUCUGCCGAUGGGGUAGAGGAGGAGGAGGAGGAUGAGCUUGCAGAGAGCACACAGCACUCCAUUCUCCCCAACAGCCAGGAUCUUUUUAUCACCCUGACUGAAGUACCCUCCCAAGCCUCCCAAGCCAGUACCCAAGACUCUGACCCCAUGGAAGGGACCUCAGCAGCUGCAAAUUCCUCAAGCCUCCCUCCUCCAUCCCGAAGGUUAUCACAGAUAAGGCGUCGUAAGAAGAAGACGCGGGAGGACAUGUUUUCUGAAAUUAUGCAAUCCAGCAGGAGUGACAGAGCUCAUCUGAAUGAGUGGAAGGAAACAGUUUCAAAGUAUAGGAAAGAAGUCAGUGAACGUGAGGAGAGGAGGGACCAACGUGAGGAGAGGAGAGACGAUCGAGAUGAGAGAUGGCGGCAGGAAGACCAGAGGAUGAAGGAUGCAACGCUGGGGCUGCUCCGGCGUCUGGUGGAGGUUCAGGAACGGCUGCUGGAAAACAGACUGCCGCUUCAGCCCCUGUUCCACCCUCCCCCCUCCCCAUGUUCCGUAUCCUCCUCACCCAGACGUGUAAGAACGCGGGGGGGGAGGCUCCGUACACCUUCCCAUUCCACCCCAGUAGACAGCCCAAGCAAAAGGCUGUCAUUUUUUUAACCUUUUCUUUGUGGCUUUUUCCUU